UUUGCAUGGUCUCCUUACACCACGUGGAAAUCCAGAGCAUUGAAUUAGGAUUUGGUUUUUGGAAAGUUUGGACGGGGUGAUUUUUGCAGCAUUCCGAGAGAUUGUGAACGUCUUAGUGAUCGGAUCGGUUGGUCGCAAGACUAAGCAGUGUUGCGUCGUGGGUGUUCUAUUUUGAGGUCUAGGGUGUGGACUGGAUUGGACUAGCGAUGGGGCCAACGAGGGCAGAGCAAUUCGUGGAGUCGGGCCACCAGGACGUGGUGCACGAUGUGGCGGUGGAUUACUACGGCAAGCGGUUGGCGACUUGCUCCUCCGAUCGCCUCAUCAAGGUGUUCGCGCUUGGCCCUGCUGGAGAUGCGGCCGUAGCUACGGCUCUGGUCACUCUGGCUGGUCACGACGGCCCUGUGUGGCAGGUCGCGUGGGCGCAUCCCAAAUUCGGCAGUAUCCUUGCGUCCUGUUCUUAUGAUCGCAAAGUCAUCAUCUGGAGGGAAGGCGCCGAGAAUGAGUGGCAGCAGGCCCAGGUAUUCCAGGAACACGAGUCAUCAGUGAACAGCAUCUGCUGGGCACCUCAAGAAUUUGGCUUAUGCCUAGCGUGUGGAUCAUCAGAUGGCACGAUCUCGGUUCUGACGCAAAAGGCGGAUGGAUCUUGGGAGAAGGCGAAGAUUGAGCAGGCUCAUCCCGUGGGAGUGACGUCUGUGUCGUGGGCACCUGCAAGCGCUCCGGGGUCUUUGAUUGGUAUCAAUUCAGAGCCUGUGCAGAAGCUGGCAUCCGGUGGCUGUGAUAACACCGUCAAAGUUUGGAAAUUCCUCAAUGGGAGCUGGAAAUUGGAUUGCUUUCCCCCUCUUUCCAAGCACGUUGACUGGGUGCGGGAUGUUGCAUGGGCUCCCAAUCUUGGACUCGUUAAGUCCACCAUCGCCAGUGCAUCUCAAGAUGGGACAGUUGUUAUCUGGACUCAGGCUAAAGAUGGCGACCAGUGGCAGCCAUUAACUUUGAAUGAUUUCAAAACACCAGUGUGGCGGAUAAGUUGGUCCCUAACAGGUAAUUUACUAGCAGUAUCUGACUCCAGCAACAAAGUGACCCUGUGGAAAGAAGAGGUUGAUGGAGAGUGGAAUCAGGUUUCGAACGCGCAAUGAGCUCGCAUAUUCUCUAGUUCUGUUCAUAAAUUAGCUGAGCUGGUGCGUAGUGUACAUUACAGUACAUUCUGGUUACAUAUUGUAACAGACAUUUAGGUAUUAAAUAAUUUCGAAACCACCUCCGGAAAUUCACAAAUCAGGGGUUUUUCGUUACAAUUGAUGUGGGGACUCUCUCGGCACUCGCCUACGACCCCAUUUUUGUUCUUGUGUAUUGCAGAUUCUAUAGCAAUAUGGUAAUUGCUGACACAAUUUCAGGCCUGUUGUAUUCA